AUGUGCAACAUAGUUCUGACAGCAGGUCUCUGCCUGGUCAUCGCCAGCUUGGGCUCUUCCGAAAGGCUGGUGUGUUACUUUAACAGCUUGGCCGAAGAUAGAGCAGACGCCGGGAAGUUCACGAUUGAGGAUAUCGAUCCAAACAAAUGUACCCAUCUGAUCUACGCCUUCUCUGACAUCAAUGAUUUCAAUGAACUGGUACCGACUAGAAGAGCAGACAUAUUCCGCUAUCAGUUGUUUAAUGGGCUUAAAAACAGAAAUCCUUCACUCAAAACCCUGUUGGCGGUUGGUGGCCCAACCUUUAACAAAGAAAAAUUCACUACGAUGGUUUCAACAACACAAAACAGAACAACGUUCAUUCAGUCUGCUGUCGCACUACUGAGAAUAUUUCAGUUUGAUGGUUUAAACCUGGACUGGAUGUACCCUGUGGGAGCAGGAGGUGACCCAGACAACAAGCAGAAAUUUACACUGCUGUGCAAGGACCUCAAUGCUGCCUUUGAGACUGAAGGGAAGAAACAUAACCGUGACCGAUUAAUCCUCACAGCAAGUGUCUCUGCUGAGAGAGAGGUUAUUGAUUCCAGUUAUGAAGUCAAAAUGAUUACCAAGGACCUGGACUUCCUCAAUGUGCUGACGUUUGACUUUCACAGCUCCUGUGAAAAUGUCACAGGACAUCACAGUCCCUUAUACAUGGGAUCCCACGAUGUUGGAGACCAAAUCUACUAUAAUACUGACUCUGCCAUGCAGUAUUGGGUGGACAAGGGAGCACCUGCACAAUUGCUAAAUUUGGGACUAGCUGCAUAUGGGCGAGCUUUCUCCCUCUCCUCUGCAUCCAGUGAUGUUGGAGCUCCAGCCAGCGGUGCUGUUAAAGAAGGCUGCUACACUGGUGAAGAAGGAUUCUGGGCCUAUUAUGAGACUUGCCUUUAUACUGAAGGGGCUACAUUCCACUGGAUUGCUGAUCAGAAAGUUCCAUAUGCCAUCACAGAAAACCAGUGGGUGGGAUUUGAUGAUACAGUCAGCAUUAGUGUAAAGGUCAGUUACUUAAAAGCAAAGAAAUUUGGAGGAGCCUUUGUUUGGUCUCUGGAUCUGGAUGACUUCAGCGGAAAGUUCUGUAACCAGAGCAAAAGUCCCUUAAUCAGCCACCUGAAUUCUCUCCUUGUUCAAUGUCCCUGUAAUGGAGUGACAGCUGGGCUGGUCCCCAAUCCCUCAGACAAAACUACUUAUUACGACUGUUCAGGACCAGUGCUCCUAAAGUGUCCAGUGGGAGAGGAAUUCAAGAAAAAAACCAGCACUUGCGAAACAACUACCACAGCCACAGCAAUGACUCCCACUACCACAACUCCUACUAGUCUCUGCCUGGUUAUCGCCAGCUUGGGCUCUUCUGAAAGGCUGGUGUGUUACUUUAACAGCUUGGCCGAAGAUAGAGCAGACGCCGGGAAGUUCACGAUUGAGGAUAUCGAUCCGAACAAAUGUACCCAUCUGAUCUACGCCUUCUCUGACAUCAAUGAUUUCAAUGAACUGGAGGUUAACAACUGGCGGUGA